AUGGAGCCGCCGGAAGAUGCGCGGCCGAGUAUCCGCGUGCGCUGCGCCGGCGUGCGCGCCAACCAGCGCGGCUCGCAGCCCGCCAGCGACGGGCGCGUGUUCUUCAGCGAGUCGCAGUACGCGCGGUCGCCUUUCCUCGUGCGCGUGAGCUUCGACAGCGUGAGCUUCGUGCACCGCGGGACGCACGUCGAGGAGCGGCGCUUCGUCUUCCCUGGGCGCGUCUUGCAGGCGGUGCUGGCGGACUUCGCGCCGGACGUGUUGCACACUACAGAGCAGGUUCAAAAUGGGUCCUCCCGUCCAAGAAGACAGCGGAAGGCGCCCCUAAAGCCGCGUGCGCAGCCCCAUUUGUGCGUCUUGGUGCGCUCCGACUGCCUCAACGUGUACACUGCAGCUGGAGAGGUGUUUGAGGUGGCGCUGCCCUUCCAGGCCAAUGGACUCUUCCCCAUGGAAGGCCGCGGGCUGCUGCUGCAGCGCAGUCCGGCCGUGCAGAUCCCGUCCACGUCCUCGAAGCGGCCUCGGGACGCUGCAGCUUUGGCUCUGGCCCGGAAGAACCGACGAGCCAGCACCAGCAACAGAGGAGACGGAGACAGGUACAAGUACAGCUCUGGGGACAAGGACGCUCCGUCGCGGCCGAGGUACUUCACGCUCAGACACCCACUGGAUGAGGUUAAGCCCGUGGCGUUGAGCUCCACGGAAGGAGAGGUGCCGGGGAAGAGCGGGGACAAGUUCCUGUCGGACUCGUCUUUGGAUGCAGUGGCAGUGCUGGAGGACGCAGCGUCGCCUGUGUUGGUGGCGUUCCAUCGGUGGGAGCAGAGGUUUUGUGUUUUCCGACUGAAUACGGUGGAGACGAAUGCCAAGAGGAGUUUGAUGCCGGAGGUGCGCGUGGUUGAUGGACCGACGUGGACGAGAUACCGAGCCAGGAGUGAUUUAGAGGGAUUACGAGUGCGUAUUGAACCGGAGUGGGCGGCGACACCUACGUGGAAGUCUCCACGAGUUGCUCCAGCGUCCUCAAAGCCGAUGUUUCUGUCGCCCAUUGUUUCGCCGUCUGCGGUUUCGAACGCCUCACCGGUUCCACCAUCACCACUAGCACCUGCAUCGUCGUCAAGUUUGUCAGCGAGUGUUUCGAAGGCAGCGUUUAUCGCGUCGGGCGUUGACGGCCUUCCAUUGCUGUGUAUGAUGGACAAGAGUGCUGGAACGCUCGUUUUGAAACCUAUUUCGCAGCGAGAAACGACAACCACGUUGCUUGAUGAUGGUGAUGGUGAAAGUGGUGGCGUACGGAUCUUGCAUUGCCGUGAUGCUGUUCCGGUAUCUCAGUGUGAUCACGCAGGAAUAUCUAAAGGUGACGGGUUUGCCGAUGAAGUCUGGAAGCGGUCCACCGAUAUUGUGGUCCUAGAGAAGGAUGGCACGCUCAUGUUAAACAGAGCGCACCGUCCAAUUUGUCGUUUGAUCAUCCCUGAAAUGACGCAGCAUAAUGUUAUGACAAGUGAUGGCGGUUUGGAGAAAAUGCGACUCGUGGGGAAUAUUGAAUUAAACUCGGUUGACGGAGGAUACGCCUUUGAGGUAGUGUUUCCGGAUUUGUGCGGCAACUUGAGUGGAAAAAUCUGGAAGUCGGACCACCCCCUGAGGAUUAUUAGCUCUCCGUUGUUGCAGCAAGCAUUUGGUGUCCUGGGGUUACUAGUCCCUUCUGUAGCGAUGUGUUCGUUCAAGUCCCAGGUCAUUUCUUUGGCGCAGCAGAAGGCUUUACAUCCAGCUCAAGACAACAAAGGAUUAGUGGAUGGUGGGCUCGAAUGGCAGUCUUUUCGUGAGUGUUUAGUGCACCUGCUGCCGGAGCAGAUUGGUGGUAAAAGUAACGUUUUGCCAUGCAAAAGUGACAAGGAUAUGGCUGCUUCCUUGCUCUCGUCCUUUGAUAUACUUUGUCAGAGCGAGUUUCAUGACAUGUAUCAGUACGAGCACGCGAUGCUUUUCGCAACGAUGGAACUUCCUGGGACUAAAGCCACCACAGGCAAUCCCCUGCGGCGCACCAGAGCGAUUUGUCGGGUGUACGAGUUGAUAUUUUCAAGCUUGGAUGAUAGAUCGCCUCAUUUCCCGACCUCUCAGUCAAACGCAUUCAAAUUAAUUGUGUACCUGACCCAAGAUCCUGUUGGUAGCGCAUUAUCUCUCGAUGAUCUACCGGUUGGUCUCAGUUUCCCCAUUGUGCAAACUAUCCGCCAAGUGAAGCAUCAUCCACCCCCGUUUAUUACAGAAGACAUUUGCGCGUUUGUGGGGAGGGAAGACCUCAGUAUUGCGAGUGCGGAAAGUCUUGGUGACCACUUCGAUUAUUCAGGCGUAAUGCAAAACCAGCAGCAGCAGGACCCCGACGCCCACACUGAGGAUGAGAGUCGCGAUGACUGUGACGGUCUUGAAGAAAUUAUAGGCAAGAGUCAGCCUCUCUUCCCUACUGAUCAGAGAAUGAACGAGGUUGCACGGCUCCUUCGUUCGAGUCGCCCGCUGUGCUUGAAGCUGGAGAAGACACCAGAUCUCUCGGACCUCGACUACGCACAGCAGCAGCAAGCUCGCUUGAUGCUUCUCUGUAAGCGAUCUAUGGCGCUGUCCGUGGCACGUGGCAUGGUGACACUCGGCAGUUUCGAUGUUUCCACAGCACAAACACAAAUAUGGCGCCUUCACAUACCUGCACUACCGCUCGCGGGGCGUAAACCACCUGCAAAUGCGAUUGUGGAGCUUGAUCUUUCCGGCUAUGCUAAGGAGCUGACGUACUGGCCUCAGUUUCAUAAUGGAUGCGCCACCGGUCUACGGCUUCCAGCACAUGAUCUCUCAGGCAUCAUCAAUCGUCACUGGAUCAAAUACCAUCGGCCUUCAGUUCACGACGUUCCGCAACGAAACUCAGCAGGGACCCCAGGAGCUCGUCAAGGAUCUGGAGACUCAUCUGGCCGUAACUUGGAAGAGGCUUAUGCUGCGCAUGCAGGACUAUUACUCGGAAUUGGUCUACGUGGACAUCUGAAAUGUCUGUCCAUGGCUGAUGUAUACAAUUACCUGUCGCUGUCGAAUGAGUUCGUGACUGUUGCAAUUAUGCUCGGCAUGGCUAGCACCGCUGCACAUUGUCGUCGAAAGCGAAAGCAACAGACAGUAACAGCGAAACCCAGCUCUAGCGACGACAAGAACGUCCCAACAGAACCUUCAAGUGCUGAUUCUGAUAUCCCAUCGGUUGAAGCGGACCACUUCUUCUCAAGUGUUCCUGAACUGGCGUCGUCGGAUAAUACGCCUCUUCUCGGAACGGGUUUGGAGCUGGCGUUGGAGCGAUCAGUGUCCAAGAUGUUGUGUCUGCACGUUCCGUCAUUGCUGCCACCACCGUUUGGAGGGUUUUCAGUGCCUGCAUCCACUCAAACGGCGGCAUUACUGGGGCUCGGUAUUUUGUACCAAGGUACAGGAUAUCGGCUAAUGACUGAGCUACUACUCGCCGAGAUAGCGCGCUCUCCAUCGAGUGCCCAAUUCGUCGGUAACAACGGAAAUACGGGCUUGUCAACUGUUUCCUUCGACCAACUGGAGGGAUACGCCUUAGCAGCGGGAAUGGCGCUUGGACUUGUCGUACUCGGACGUGGCCAGACUACAACAGGAGACCCAGGGCUUGCUGAUCUGAAGCUUGAAGAGAAGCUUCACAAAUACAUCGUCGGUGGGGCGCAGCAGUACCGGGACACUAACGCGGCGGGAAGUUGCCUCUAUCGUGGACGACGCUGGCAGACGUUUGGCAGUGGAGGAAGUGGUUUCAACUCUGCGGUGAACGGUAGCAGUACAGGAAAUGGUACGUCUAGCAGUAAUGCCGGAGCUUCUCCGGGCGUUGGCCGUGAUGCAAAGCACACGAGUGAUCGCAAUGGGGCUCGUGGUGGGGGUGAACACGUGAAUAUUGGAGUGACGGCGUCUGCAAGCGCUCUGGCUCUUGCCUUCAUGUACAUGCAGACCGGCAACAAAGCCGUUGCCGCUCAAUUGGCGGUACCGGACACACUGAUUUUACUCGACUACGUUCGUCCCGACAUCUUGCUGAUCCGAACAUUGUCGAAGAACCUCGUGAUGUGGAAUGAUAUAUGGCCAACAACGCAGUGGGUUGAGCAGCACGAAGUCCCCCCGCAGCUUCUUCAGGCUUACAAGUCUAUCCAGCCGCAAGGAAAUGGCACGAAAGAUGAAGCGAAUCGCCCCAAUGGUUUGCCGCCGCACAGCGAUCUGAACUCGAUUUGCGAGGCGUACGCAAAUAUUGUCGCAGGGGCGUGCAUGAGCAUAGGACUUCGGUUCGCGGGUACAGGCAAUACUUCAGCUCGCUCGACACUGCGCAAGUACAUUCUCCACUUCCGUGAGCUGCGAUCGAAGGCGUCAUCCUCGAUGAUUUUGCGCGGUAGUAGCAAUGUGGUUGCUGCUGCCACAGAGCGUGCUACCGUGGAGCGGUGCUUAGCCGUGUGCGCUCAGGCCCUAGCUUUGGUUGAUGCUGGAACUGGUAACGUGGAAACUCUGGCGCUACUACGCUCGUUGACAUUGCGGCAGCACGUGGAUGCGGCCAUGAGCUAUGGCAACCACAUGGCGCUUAGCAUGGCGAUCGGAUUGCUUUUCCUGGGUGGUGGGCGUGCCACAGUCUCUCGGUCAAAGGAGGCGAUCGCCGCACUUGUGAUCUCGCUGUACCCGAUGCCUCCGAUGAAUACGGCUGACAACAAGUAUCAUCUGCAGGCAUUCCGCCACCUUUACGUUAUGGCUGUAGAUACUUCGCGAUUACUGGAGACCGUGGAUGUGAACACUAAAACUACAUGUGCCGUCAACGUCCAAGUCGAGCUCAUUCCAGGCAGAAGUCAAGCUUUGGACGAUGAAGCUGGUACGCAACCUUCGUUCCGGAUGCUGCGAAGUCCAUGUCUCCUCCCAGAUAUUUCUACCAUUAAGCGUCUCGUCAUCUCCGAUCCUCAAUUUUACCCGAUUGAGAUCCUAACUUCGCUAUCACCAGACGACCUAGCGCCUCAGGUGAAAGGCGAAGUGCGAACGGCGAACAUGCUACGGCUGGAGCUGUUGCGAAACAAGAACGUUGUCUUCCUGAAGCGCCGGCAACGGCGAGACCUCGGAGGUCUAGCAGAUUUUACUGGAGAGCUUCAGCAUCUGCAUGACGUACAGGUGGGAGCCCACGGUGGAAGUAGCAACAGCGAUAAUCGCCUCCGUAAACUGUUUCGGGCAUACUUCACGAGGAGCGGUCUUGGUGAUGAUGACGACGAUUGCUACGACGGAGACGAUGAGCCAUCGGGGCAGUUGGUAGUAGCUGAUUGGGGAAGCAGUUGGUGGGCAGCUCAGUUGAGUCCGCAGGCGCUGGAGCUUGUCAGAGAGGAAGCCGAGUUGCUGAUGCCACCGUACCUUAAUGCUCUGCACGCGCUGUUCCGAUUGCAACAAGUGCCACAGUUGUUAUGCGCUACGGAAGUUGUGGAUUUAACGUUGUUCAGUGAAUACUGUCGCUUGCUGAAGCCUUCAUUACGAGAUUUUGGCGUGUGGCUGUCAAACCAGACGGAGGAAGCUCUGGGUGCCCUGUGGCAUCGAACUUCGUUGGAUAUCACCUCGCUGGCUUCUGCUCGAGUUCAACUGUUAGUGGAAGCUUCGUCCUCGCUGCACAAGUCUGAGUCAGUGGCAGAUACGUUCUUUGUGAGUGUGUUGGUGAGGUAUUUUGCUGGCCCUUCCGUGUCUUCGGUGCCGGAUCGAGAACACCCAAAAUCUGCCGACAAAGAUUGGAAGACCAAGUUCCAACGAGUGCUGGCCGUUUGUUCACAACCCCAAUUAAUGCCCACAUCAUCGUCGCCGCCCCGAUUCGAGUUGUUAGCAUUUCUGGAGCAAGAAGAACUCACGGAAGCUGAGAAGACUUUUUGGCUGAAGUUGGUGUCGUUCUUCCUGUUUUCCAACUAA